AUAUUCUACUUGAUGACACUGGUAGGCAACCUGUUCAUCAUCAUCCUGUCAUACCUGGACUCCCAUCUCCACACUCCCAUGUACUUCUUCCUCUCAAACCUGUCUUUCCUGGAUCUCUGCUACACCACCAGCUCUAUCCCUCAGUUGCUGGUCAACCUCUGGGGCCCGGAAAAGACCAUCUCUUAUGCUGGUUGCAUGAUUCAACUUUACUUUGUCCUCGCACUGGGAACCACAGAGUGUGUCCUACUGGUGGUGAUGGCCUAUGACCGUUACGCAGCUGUAUGUAGACCUUUGCAUUACAGUGUCCUCAUGCACCCUCGUUUCUGCCACCUGUUGGCUGUGGCUUCUUGGGUAAGUGGUUUUACUGACUCAGCACUUCAUACCUUCUUUACCUUCUGGGUACCCCUGUGUGGACAUCGCCAAGUGGAUCACUUCUUCUGUGAAGUUCCAGCACUGCUGCAACUAUCGUGUGUUGAUACCCAUGCAAAUGAGCUGACACUCAUGGUGAUGAGCUCCAUUUUUGUUCUCAUACCUCUCAUCCUCAUUCUCACUUCCUAUGGUGCCAUUGCCCGGACUGUACUAAGAAUGAAAUCAACCACUGGGCUUCGGAAAGUUUUUGGGACAUGUGGAGCCCAUCUUAUGGUUGUAUCUCUCUUUUUCAUUCCAGCCAUGUGCAUAUAUCUUCAGCCACCAUCAGGAAAUUCCCGAGAUCAAGGCAAGUUCAUUGCCCUCUUUUAUACUGUUGUCACACCUAGUCUCAACCCUCUAAUCUACACCCUCAGAAACAAAGAUGUAAGAGGGGCAGUGAGGAGAAUAGUGGGGUGGCAAUGAGUCUGUUUACUUCUGAUAUUAACAGCAUAAUGAAGCAUCUCUUCACCAGUGGUU